UAGCAGCAGGUGGCGAUGUCGCGCCUGUUCAUCUGCUUAUGGACAAUAGAAGAAAAAAGAAGGCGCAAGAAGAAGGCGCAAGAAGAAGAAAUUUGUUGCGAGAGUUCUUUUUGUCAGUUAAAAAUGAACACUUUUAAGGCGCACACCUGCACCGCAGUAACGGUGCUGCUGCUCCAGCUUUGGUUGGUGUGCUGUGACAUUACAGACGGAAACGCGGAGCACCUGAAACGGGAACACUCGCUUAUGAAACCGUAUCAAGGAGUUGGCAGCAGCCACAGCAGUCAGUGGGACUUUUGGGGAAGUACGUUGGUGUCAUCAUCAUAUGUACGACUCACCCCAGAUGAGAGGAGCAAGCAGGGAUCGAUCUGGAACACUGUGCCUUGUUACCUAAAGGACUGGGAGAUGCAUGUGCACUUCAGAGUCCACGGGUCAGGAAAGAAGAAUCUUCAUGGUGACGGCAUCGCUGUAUGGUACACGAAGGACAGACUGCAUUCAGGCUCCGUGUUUGGAAACCAAGAUCACUUUCUUGGCCUGGCUAUUUUUUUGGAUACGUUUCGCAAUGACCUCCAUGGGAUGGAUCGCUCCUUUCCAUACAUUUCUGCCAUGGUGAACAACGGUUCGGUGAGCUACGACCACGGCAAAGACGGACGUUCAUCGGAGCUGGGAGGCUGCUCAGCUGAGAUCAGGAACAGGGAGCAUGACACGUACCUGGCCAUCCGCUACUCUAGAGGAAGACUCACUGUGAUGGUUGAUGUGGAUGACAAGAACGAGUGGCGAGAGUGCAUUGACAUAGGGGGUGUUCGUCUUCCUACUGGAUAUUACUUUGGUGCCUCAGCAGCCACAGGAGAUUUGUCUGAUAACCAUGACAUCAUCUCCAUGAAGCUCUACCAGCUGAUGGUAGAACACACUCCUGAGGAGGAGAACCAGGAUUGGUCAAAGAUCGAGCCCAGUGUUAGCCUCCUAAAGUCCCCUAAAGACAACAUUGACGACCCCACUGGAAACUUCCGCGGCACGCCGCUGACCGGAUGGAAGGUCUUCCUGCUUCUGCUGUGUGCUCUGCUAGGAAUUGUGGUGUGUGGCGUAGUGGGAGCUGUAGUUUUCCACAAAAGACAGGAAAGGAACAAGAGGUUUUAUUGAGGCGCGAGUGAGAUGAGGAAGACAAAGAAGAUGAGUUUGCUGUGGAUUGAACUGUAUCCAGACAACAGAUCGAGCACAUUCAAUGUGAAUUUUUUUCUAAAGAUUGUAUAAAAUGUUUAUAACUUUUAAAGCACUGUGUGGUGGGUGAAUAUUUUUGAUGUGGGUAGGAUGAUGUGGAACUAAGUGGCCCUGAUAAAUGUGUGUGUCAUUUUUUUUUUAAUUUCCUUUCAAUGAUUUGUGGGCAAGGUUAUGAAUAAUGUAGUGAUUUGAAAAUCUUUUUACUAAUUCAUGCAGGGUCGAGGUCAUGCUCUCAUAUCUUUGGGUCUUCAGAAGUCUAUAUCAUGUCACUGAUCACACCUUGAUUGUCUAUGGAGAUGUGACUACUAUCCCAAAGGCUCAACACACUUGGCUGAGGUUUUGCAGGGGGCUCCAGCACCUUGCACACUAGGUUCUGAACUUCUGUGUGAAAAUCACGGCUACUGUAAUGUUUACACCGACAAAGAGCCACAUCUUAGUUUGUGUUCACACUUGGGUAAACUAACUAGGCAAACUAACUUCAGACAAUUUGCUCAAUUGCCUCUUACUUGAACAUGACCAUCCAAACUCUGCUGCACAAUGAGACCAUUUCAAGUGUUUUCAAACCUGACACUGUCUAAUUGCACUGAUCCAAACGAUGAGCGUGUAUCUCUUUGGUGAGUUUUGAUUUGCUCUGAUUGGAGUUCUGGACUUGAAAAAUAAAAGAAGAAUUUCUCUCAGAUCUUCCUUAAAAAUCUUCUAGUCUUGCUGGUGCAAACACAUUGUGCUACAACAUUACUGCUAUUACCUCACCAAACUACAUUACACAAGAAUCAAAUCUGAAGAGAUCUGAUCAGAGCUGUUGUUUGUUAUAAGCACGAGAAAGGAUGAUACUCCAUGAUUAACAAGAUUGUGUUUUGGUAAAUAUAAUAUCCUCCUAAAUCUUCUCAGUCUGAUUCUGACCCAGGGGUUUAUUAUAUCUUAUAGUCCAAUGAUCAAAGUGCCAGGGAGAAAAUAGUCCAAAGAGAAAAAUAAGGGUGGUAAAAUCUGACCUUAAAAUCUUUUGUUUCUUGAGUAUGUUUGAAAUAUUUCUACUGCAUUUGUGAUUCUGGAAAUUGUUAAUUCUUGGUUUUCAAUGCUUAUUUUGGGGGUUUUGGUUCUGCCCUUCUGUGCUGUUCUGUUUUACUUGAUUAUUUUCUAAAGGAACAGAAGUUGUAGUUCAAAAGAAGGCUAAAUGGUUCAGUGGUGGUAAGAUGUGAGUGUGUGGUACAGACAAGUGUCAGUUAACAAGUAUUUGGAGCGAUGUCUCUGCUUGCACCUGCUCUGAUUAUGAUGCUUUAUUCUUAAGUAUUUUAGAGUAAUUUAGAAUUGCAGAGAACCGGCACAACCAGAAAUCAGUUGCUGACAGUAGACAGUAAAUGUUUACUUUUUAACUGAUCAUGUUGUCAUUAUGCAGACUUAUAGUUCCAGACCUUUCACUUUCAUGCAGAAUUCUGGAAGAUUAGAAUACAAGAAACCAUCCAAAAAGAAUUGCCAUGCCUCAAUCAGGAUUUCUACUGAGCUUCUUAGCUGUCAACCCUAAAUGUUCACUGAUGAUUUUUCUUACAAAGUUUUGUUUUUAAUCUUCCAUUUUCAGCAAUGUUGCUGUUAUCUGUUUAUACCAAUUGUUGAAAGCUAGAGAAUUGUUUUGAUGUUUAUCUUUUGAUAACAUCCAAAACAGAGUUUACUUUGUUUUCAACUCUUAAAUCAGGGUCAUCUUUUUAUAUUACCUGUGUUCCAGGAGGCUGUCUGUGUUAGUCGCUGCCACAUCAGUUUGGUUUAAGAUUAGACCUUGAACUGCUCUACGCGUCAGAAAUACUGGAUUAAAACGUUAUUAAAGGCU